ACGAAAGCUGAUGAGUGAUGAGAAAGAUAUAAAUUAUAAAGAGUGUAGGGAAGAGAAAUGAGGAUUGAUUCCUGGCGCGGUUUCAUUUCAGCGCAGGAAGUUGGUGACUCCGUUCAAAUACGUCACCGCUUACGUUUCUGGCUUUGCUCCAUUCCCUUCCAUACACCUGAACCGAUUUAGGUUUACAGUGUUCACUUUCCAGAAGCAUCAUCCAUGGCAGAGAAGCCGAAGCUGAAGCCUCGACGACUGAAAGGUCACGACGACAGCACAACCUGCUGCAUUGCCUCACGUCAACGCUCUCAUGUCAUCGUCACUUCCGGCGAUGAUGGUCGUGUUUGCUGGUUUGACUUGCGAUGCCCUGAUGUGCCGCAACUGGUUAUGGAUGUUAGCGUGGAGCCAGUUUCGUCCUUGUGUUUCAAGUCAGGGAUGGAAGAUAUGAUUUAUGUCUCCUCAGGAAAGGAAAUCAAGUGUUUUGAUGUGCGUUUGGCCACUGCCCAAUGGAAGCCAUUGGAGAAUUACAAUUAUAACAAAGAGGAGAUAAACAAGGUUGUGUGCAACUCGAAGUCCACAUUUCUUGCUGCAGCAGAUGAUAAUGGUGAGGUGAAGAUAAUUGACAUUCGCCAGCAAUGCUUGUAUAAAACUCUACGAGCUGGUCAUACAAGUAUAUGUAGCACUGUGGAAUUCCUUCCUUGGAGAUCUUGGGAAGUCAUUAGUGGAGGUCUUGAUUCAAUGCUCAUGUUGUGGGACUUCUCCAAAGGGCGCCCCUACAAAGCAGUGGAUUUUGCUACAUUUGAUGUGAGUAGUGGCAUUGCUGGCCGGUGUGUCAAUCCUGCUUUUGUUCAUGCAAUAGCAGUUCCGGAAGUUGACAUGCUAGAUAAAUUAGACAAAAUAUGUGCUGUUGCAAGGGGCGAUGGAGCUAUUAAUGUGAUUAACAUUGAAACAGAAAUGGCUGCUACAAGGUCAAAAAGCUCUUCAAAUUCACGAAAAGGAUCACACUCAAAAUCAAAAGAUGGCAGUUCAUCUAGCAAUACAGAUACAGAUCAAAAUGGAAAAAAGAGGUUGCAUUUGGAUUACACUUUGGGUGGCCAUACUGCAGCUAUUUCCUGCCUGGCAUUUUCAUUGUUUGGUGAGAGAGGUAAAUUCCUGAUAUCUGGAGGAAAUGAUAAGAUGGUGAAGGUAUGGAAUUGGUCUCGUUAUUCAGAUGUUGGGUUAAGUGACGGCAACAUCAAUGAUGUCCUACAUUUGAACAUUGAAGUACCUCGAAAAGUCAAUUGGCUGUGUACCACCUCAGCUGAUACAGACAACCUUGUUGUAUGCGACACAUCUAAAGUAGUAAAGGUCUACUCUAUAACAUACACAAGGCUUUCUGCCUGGAUAUACUUGCCUGGGUGCCUGCUUUGCGAUUCUCUCCCUGAUUCAAUGCCUACAGGAACUAAGGUGGUGCUAAACCAAAACAUGGUGCAGUCUGGUGUUCCCCUCUGUAGCACUUGUGGGGAACAAGUGGGACUUAAUGAUAAUGGGGAGGUCUUUGUGGCUUGUCAUGAAUGCAAUUUCCCUAUUUGCAAGGCUUGUUUUGAGCAUGAGAUCAAUGAGGACCAUAGGGUCUGUUUGAGGUGUGGCACUCCCUAUGAAGAGAGAACAAAGGUUGAUGAUUUCCAUGAGAUAGAGGUUCACGAAAAUCAAUCCACAAUGGCUUCCGAAAUCAAUAACUCUCAGGAUGUUGGACACCAUGCUAGACAUGUCAGCACAGCGUCCACGGUUGAUAGUGAGGUACAUGAAGUGCAUGAAGUACAUGAAGAAUCUGGGAAAUCAACCUGGAAAACUAGAGUGGAAAGCUGGAAGGGAAAGGGUAAAAAGAACAAGAAGAAAAAGGCUGAACCUAAUGCAGAACAUGAGGCCACAAUUCCACCAGAGCAGCAAAUGGAAGAAACCAGGCCCAAAGAGGCUGCUGCUGCUGCGCCACUUUCAGUAAUUAUUCCAAUGCCAAAAUCCAAAAUUGCACCAUACAGAACAGUGAUCAUCAUGCGAUUGAUAAUCUUGGGACUUUUCUUCCAUUAUCGAGUUACAAACCCUGUUCAUAGUGCUUUUCCUCUGUGGUUGACAUCUAUCAUUUGUGAGAUCUGGUUUGCAUUUUCCUGGGUGUUAGAUCAGUUCCCUAAAUGGUAUCCCAUCAAUAGGCAAACUUUUAUUGACAAUCUGUCUGCAAGGUUUGAAAGAGAGGGUGAACCCAAUGAACUUGCUGCUGUUGAUUUCUUUGUCAGUACAGUGGAUCCUUUGAAAGAGCCACCAUUGAUCACAGCUAAUACAGUGCUUUCUAUCCUUGCGGUUGACUAUCCGGUAGAUAAAGUAUCCUGUUAUGUGUCUGAUGAUGGUGCUGCAAUGCUCACAUUUGAAUCUCUUGUGGAGACUGCUGACUUUGCAAGGAAGUGGGUGCCAUUUUGCAAGAAGUUUUCAAUUGAACCAAGAGCCCCUGAAUUUUAUUUCUCUCAGAAGAUUGACUAUCUUAAGGACAAGGUGCAACCUUCUUUUGUGAAGGAGCGUAGAGCAAUGAAGAGAGACUAUGAAGAGUAUAAAGUACGGGUUAAUGCUUUGGUAGCUAAGGCUCAGAAAACACCAGAAGAAGGAUGGACUAUGCAAGAUGGAACACCUUGGCCGGGAAAUAACUCACGUGAUCACCCUGGCAUGAUUCAGGUUUUUCUUGGACACACUGGUGCACGUGACACAGAAGGAAAUGAACUUCCCAGGCUCGUUUAUGUUUCCAGAGAGAAAAGACCAGGUUACCAACACCACAAGAAAGCUGGAGCUGAAAAUGCACUGGUGAGAGUGUCUGCAGUUCUCACAAAUGCUCCCUUCAUUCUCAAUCUUGACUGUGAUCACUAUGUUAACAACAGUAAGGCCGUUCGGGAAGCAAUGUGUUUUCUCAUGGAUCCAGAAGUUGGUAGAGAUGUGUGUUAUGUGCAGUUCCCCCAAAGAUUUGAUGGUAUUGAUCACAGUGAUCGGUAUGCCAAUCGCAAUACAGUUUUCUUUGAUGUUAACAUGAAAGGACUUGAUGGCAUUCAAGGACCAGUGUAUGUGGGGACUGGAUGUGUUUUCAAUAGACAAGCACUUUAUGGCUACAGUCCACCUUCUAUGCCCAACUUACCAAGAUCUUCAUGCUGUUGCUUCCCCUCAAAGAAGUCCACCACAGACGUUUACAGAAAUGCAAAGAGGGAAGAACUAGAGGCUGCCACUUUAAAUCUCAAGGAGAUGGACAAUUACGAUGAGCAUGAGAGGUCAAUGCUGAUUUCAAAUAUGAGCUUUGAAAAAACUUUUGGCUUAUCUACUGUUUUCAUUGAAUCUACACUAAUGGAGAAUGGAGGAGUGCCUGAAUCUGCAGAUCCCUCCAUGCUGAUCAAGGAGGCCAUUCACGUAAUUAGCUGUGGAUAUGAAGAAAAGACCGAAUGGGGAAAAGAGAUUGGUUGGAUUUAUGGUUCAGUCACUGAGGAUAUCUUAUCGGGGUUCAAGAUGCAAUGUCGAGGAUGGAGAUCAAUUUACUGCAUGCCUUUGAGGCCUGCAUUCAAAGGGUCAGCACCUAUCAACCUGUCUGAUAGAUUGCACCAAGUCCUUCGAUGGGCACUUGGAUCAGUUGAAAUUUUCCUAAGUAGACACUGCCCCCUCUGGUAUGGAUUUGCUGGUGGCCGUCUCAAAUGGCUGCAGAGAAUGGCUUACAUAAACACCAUUGUCUACCCUUUCACAUCCCUUCCUCUUAUUGCUUACUGUACUCUGCCAGCAAUUUGCCUCCUCACAGGAAAAUUUAUCAUACCAACGCUUUCGAACGUUGCAAGUGUUCUUUUUCUUGGACUUUUCCUCUCAAUUAUAAUAACGAGUGUGCUUGAGCUGCGUUGGAGUGGCGUUAGCAUCGAAGACUUGUGGCGUAAUGAGCAGUUCUGGGUGAUUGGAGGUGUUUCAGCUCAUCUAUUUGCUGUGUUCCAAGGAUUUCUCAAGAUGUUGGCUGGUGUUGACACCAACUUCACUGUGACUGCCAAGGCUGCAGAGGACACAGAAUUUGGUGAACUUUACUUAGUGAAGUGGACUACACUCUUGAUUCCUCCAACAACCCUUAUCAUUGUUAACAUGGUUGGUGUUGUUGCUGGAUUCUCUGAUGCACUGAAUGGGGGGUAUGAGUCUUGGGGACCCCUCUUUGGGAAAGUGUUCUUUGCUUUCUGGGUGAUUUUUCAUCUCUACCCCUUCCUCAAGGGUCUCAUGGGUCGCCAAAACCGCACGCCAACCAUUGUUGUUCUGUGGUCAGUGUUGCUGGCCUCUGUCUUCUCUCUCAUUUGGGUUAAGAUUAAUCCAUUUGUCAACAAAGUUGACAGUGAAACCAUCGCCGACACAUGCAUUGCCAUAGAUUGUUAAGCUAUUGCAUACAAUACAAAUACAAGAAUGCUUUCCUUUAGUUUUUCAAAAUAUGUAUAAAAGGGUGUGCAUAAGGAUAAUUAUUAAUUCUUUGUUGAACUGAA